CGGGCAGCUGCUCACCGCAGUCAGCGACAGUCGCCUCCAGAGUAUCUGCCGACAACCGCUGAGUGGAACCUGCCGGAGCAGAGCCAUCUCGACCGUAUCCUGGAGCCCGGAGAGAGCAGAGCCAGCCUCAGCCAGCCCAGCCCGGCGAUGGAGCGCCCACAGUCCGACAGCAUGCCCCAGGACUUGUCUGAGGCCUUGAAGGAGGCCACGAGGGAGGUGCACAUCCAGGCGGAGAAUGCUGAGUUCAUGAGGAACUUUCAGAAGGGUCAAGUGACCAGGGAAGGCUUUAAGCUGGUGAUGGCCUCCUUGUACCAUAUCUAUGCGGCCCUGGAAGAGGAGAUAGAGCGCAACAAGCAUAACCCAGUCUACGCACCACUCUACUUCCCUGAGGAGCUGCACCGAACGGCUCCCCUGGAGCAGGACAUGGCCUUCUGGUAUGGCCCCCACUGGCAGGAGGUCAUCCCUUUCACACCGGCCACACAGCACUAUGUAAGGUGCCUCCAUGAGGUGGGGCACUCUCAUCCUGAGCUGCUGGUGGCCCACACAUACACCCGAUAUCUGGGUGACCUCUCAGGGGGUCAGGUCCUGAAGAAGAUUGCACAGAAGGCCUUGGACUUGCCCAGCUCUGGUGAGGGCCUGGCCUUCUUCACCUUCCCUAACAUCGACAGCCCCACCAAGUUCAAACAGCUCUACCGCGCACGUAUGAACACUCUGGAGAUGACACCUGAGGUCAAGCACAGGGUGACAGAAGAGGCUAAGACUGCGUUCCUACUCAACAUUGAACUGUUUGAGGAGCUGCAGGGUCUGCUGACACAGGACAAGGAUCAGAGGCCCUCACAGAAUGAACAGCUUCGCCAGCGUCCUGGUAGCCUGGUGCAAGACACUACCGCAGCAGAGACACCCAGAGGGAAACUCCAAAUCAGCACCAGCUUGUCCCAGUCACCGCUCCUCCGAUGGGUCCUCACUCUCAGUUUCCUGAUGGCAACAGUGGCAGUGGGAAUUUAUGCCAUGUAAAUGCAAAUGUGCUGGCCCCCAUGGGCUGUGAACUCUCUCCAAUGUGGCCUUCUCUCUGUGGAGAAGAAUCUUGCCUGGCUCUCUUCUCUUGGGCCUCUAAGAAGCUUUUGGGGCUCCUAGCCCCAUCCCUGUGUCCUCUCUCAGGAAUGCAGGAAGGUGCCUUCUACAUUUUUCCCUCACCAAAAGCACAUCCAGCCAGUGGCCUGAACUUUGAAACCAGCCGCCCCAGUUCCUGCAGCAGAGCCCAACAGCUUUGGCCUGUCAUGGCAGCUGUUCUGAACCCAGUGCCCUCAGUUGUCAGCAUCCAUGUUGACUGACCAUGACCACUUUCCCCCGUGUCAUGGACACUUUGAUAUCAGUGUGCAGAUUUUCCGUCUGUCUUGUGUUUCUGUCUUGGUUUUUCCCCAGUUCCACCUGAAUGGUGGUAUUUUGUUGUGUUUUUUUUUUUUUUUUUUUUUUUUUUUCUAACAAAGUCUAACAAAGUUGGGCUGUCUUAUGAUGGGUGGGUGGGGAAGCAUUAUUUUAUUAGUUUUAACCUUGGUCUCCAACUUCUGUGUGAAAUAAUAAAUGGCAUUAUCUGACAGUCA